AAUUCGUGGAAUUUGAAAUUCUUGUAGGUUUCUUGUCUAUUGCAAGGACUGGGUCGUGUAACAAUUUUAAGUUGGAGCUCUCUGAAAAGCUACAAUUCGCCAUACCAAAUUUAAGACUCCUACAUUGUGAUAUUAACUAGAUUGAUUGAUUAGGAGAUGAAUAUUUAGCGUUGUGCACAAUCAGAAUGCAAAAGUAUGUGUGAAGUAGCUGCACUGUACGAAUUGGGUAGAUUAAAUGCUGUGUCAGAGAGGGUUGUUUGCUCACAUACAAUCUUUAUUGUCUCCAGCGAGAGUGUUCCCAGUCCUGGAGAAGAGCAAACUGGUAGUCUAGUUUGUGUCUUUAUACAGGGAAUGGGGAAGUUGAAGAGGGGUUUGUUAUCAAAGAUCCUGAAUACGAAGCAUCCUACAGCAUUAUCAUAUUGCCAGACUUCAUCUCACUUCCUUAUUCUAGCACGGAGAUCCCUGAAAUGGCUGGCAGUGGAUGGAUUACUUGCAGCUGUCAGUGCCAAAAGAAAGGAAGAGGUCGCAGCUUGGACUGCUAACAAGAUGCAAAUGGAACAGUUCUGUGUGGGCGUCGCAAUUGGGACGGAUCCAGAGGCAACUAUCAUGUUUUUGAACAGUAGUGAGAGACCAUUGGCGGUGAAACUUGGGACACUUACGUUUGAUUUAGAAGGGGCAGACGUGCAUAGUUAUGCGGAGGACAACGCGGUAGAGCAUCGAUUUUUGUCACAACAUCUUGCGCAUUUUGGGAUUGGCUUUUCAUCCCUGAGAAAGGACAACAAGAUUAGCUACGUUCUCAGACUAUUUGGUGCUUCACGUGCGGGAAUUUGUGUUGGCAGCUGGUUGGGUUCCAAAAAAGCUUGGUACGUUUCUCAGCUUGCAACAAAUAGAAAUUCGUUCUAAUUUUGUGGAGGUCUCUGUUUAUAGUCGUUAAAGUCCAUUUAAACGGAAUUCUAAUAAGGAGACUUGGCUGCAGAUGUUUUCGUGGAUGUCUCUGAUGAUGUUGAUACUAGUGAUAUGAACUGUAAAGCGUUGCAGCUAGACGAACAGCUUUCUGCCUGAGACACCUGGCGUGUAUUUGCUCUCAACAUGACUUACGGUUCCUAUUACCAUUGUCUUACAUGAAGUUUUAACAUUCCUUGAUACCUCUAUUUGAAUUAAACUACGACGUAACCAGAGUGAAGAUGUGUGUCGCAUGUGUUCCCAAAUCAUCUUUCCGUUAAAUCACCUGAGGAAAAGACACUCGUUUGUCCUUAAUUUUUAAUUUCAGGUUUGCGUGUGUUCGUCUCUGACGCAUUUUACACUUUAAAAUUGGAUGCUGUAAUGUAUGUGUGGCUUCAGAUGAAAUUCCUGAGCACGCUGGCCCAGCAGCAGUUGUCAUUGUGUCUCAAUUAGUUGAUAUGGAUUUCGAAGGAUCCGUUGUGGUUAAGCAGCUAUUCAGACCCUCAAUAAUGGACUUGAAGAAGCUAUGAACUGGCUUCUGGCACAUAUGGAUGAUUCGGGUUGGCUGUCAAUUGUCACGUCUUCUUUUUCUGAGCUGGUGGAAUUUGAAGAUAAUUUUUAGCGCUGUGCUAAGUUUUACGAAAAAUUAACAACCUUGAGGUAGCGAAACAUCAAGUGGUGUUCCAGCGAUCGAAAAGGGCGUGGAAAUCCUCAGCGUGUUUGGAUUUCAGUCUGAAAUGUCGCGUUGUACAUUAGUCUGUCAUAGUGUUGCCAGCAUCCGCGUUGAUGCUUGAACUUACAUAUUUGUUUUGCGUAUUAGGGAGGGGAAAUGAAAAGGGCAGCCUAGUGGAUCUCAAACCAUUCAGAGGAAUCCUUAGCUAUGGAGAUGGAUGUGGGAACGGACACUCAUGUACAACCGCAAAUAAAUUAUCGAGAUGGCCCAGGAAAAUACAAACUUUUAGCUUUUGUAA